AGCGAAGCGGGGGACGGGUCACUACUGCAGCGGGCCGGGGACGACAAGCCGCGAGCGGAGGUACAGAGCAGCUCAAUAUUCUCAAACCAUUCAUUGCAAGCUAGGUGCAUUCUGGACUAGGAACCAAAGGACUAAUAAAUGAGCUCCACAAAUCUGUUCGCCCUCUCGGCCUCCAUGACUAGGUCUCCGCCCGGCACAGCGGGAGGGAGGUGGGAGAAAACUAGGUUUAGGGAGGAGGCGGCCCGGGAUCCGGAGCGCACGGGGGCGGGGCCGGGAAGGCAGACGUCAACGGCCGGAACCCCCACCUCGGGAGGACGCGGCUUCGCCGGAGCGAUCCGCGACGGACUCAGCAGACGGAAGUGUUCUUUAGAGAAGGCAGGCCUUCCGCCGCCGCCGCUGCUGCCGAGGUUCGGCCCGAAGAGGAGAAAGAUGCUUCUGGAGCUGUCCGAGGAGCACCGCGAGCACCUGAGCUUCCUACCGAAGGUGGACUACGCCGUGGUCGCCGAAUUCGGCCGGAUCGCUCUGGAGUUUCUGAGGAAAGGCUCCAACCCGAAAGUGUAUGAAGGGGCCGCCAGAAAACUCAAUGUUAGUAGUAACACAGUCCAACAUGGAGUUGAAGGAUUAACAUACCUACUCACUGAGAGCUCAAAACUCAUGAUUUCUGAACUGGAUUUCCAAGAUUCGGUGCUUGUUUUGGGAUUCAGUGAAGACUUAAAUAAAUUGUUGCUUCAGCUUUACCUUGACCACAGAAAAGAAAUCAGAACGAUUCUGAGUGAAUUGGCACCAGUGUUCCCUAGUUACCACAAUCUUGAAUGGAGAUUAGAUGUACAGCUUGCUAGCAGAUGUCUAAGACAGCAGAUUAAACCAGCAAUGACUCUAAAGCUGCACCUGAGUCAGGAUGGAGAGCAUAGCAACCAGGUUUUGCAGACUGACCCAGCUACCUUGCUCCACUUGAUUCAGCAACUGGAACAAGCAUUAGGAGAAAUGAAAACAAACCAUUGCAGGAGAAUUGUCCGAAAUAUCAAAUAGUAUUGAAUUUGUGUUGUAAAUUUGUUCAGAUGAUUUAUGAAGCAAUGUUAAAAGACUAAGCAUAGGUUGGAAUCCUUUUUCUUGUAAUUAAAAGGGUUAAAUAUCUGAAUUAGAUGGACUUUGUUUUCUCUGCCAUAACACUGAUAAAUUAAUUAGAUGCUUAUUUUUUAUGAGGUUUCUUAUGCCUCAUUUCUUAAUGCUAUAAAAUGAAUUUUGUUUUAUAUAAAUGCAUGUGUAUGUGUGAUGAUAGUUCAACUGGAAAUUAAUUUAUGUUCGUUUUCUGUACAUAUCAAUAUCUUCUAGAAUAUCUUGAUUUUUUUAAAACUUAUACUUGUUUUUUAUUAUAUUUCUUUAUGCUUGAUAUCUAAAAAUUAUAUUUGAAUUAUAUCUAAAAUAAAAAUACAAUGUGAUCACUUAA